ACUGUCUCUUCUCUUCUCUUCAAUUCCUAAACACAACAAACCAAAAAAAAAAAAAAAAAUGACUACAAACUCCCACCAUUCCACCACCAGUUCCUCCGCCGUCUCCUGCCUCACAGCAACCAGCCGGAAAAGGCAAAGGAGUAGCACGAGUUCUGCCACGGAAAGCGAAUCGGAUCAAGAAUCAAGUACCCCUAAAUUCAGAGGGGUAAGGCUAAGAGCAUGGGGAAAAUGGGUGUCGGAAAUCCGAGAACCGAGAAAGAAAUCAAGAAUAUGGCUUGGCACUUAUCCGACUGCAGAGAUGGCGGCGCGUGCUCAUGAUGUAGCCGCACUCGCCAUCAAAGGCCACCGUGCUUUCCUCAACUUCCCUCAACUCAAACACCAACUCCCUCGCCCUGCCUCCCUCUCCGCCAAAGAUAUUCAAGCCGCGGCCGCACAAGCCGCUGCGCUCAAACACGAACCCGAAACGCCCACAUCGUGUCUAGAAGAAGGACUUGAAGAAGAAGAAGAAGAAAGUACAUGGUUUGAUUUGCCGGAUCUAAUAGUUAGCAAUGGGUUCUUGUUGGGUCUUGAUGAGAAUUAUUCUUCGUCAUGUUCGUCCUCCUCCUCCUCCUCCUCGUCCUGGCAAUUUCUUGUAGAUGAUCAUGAGGACAACCAUUUUCAAUGGCACUCUGAUUUUUCUCAUACUAUUUUUCCUGUUUGAGUUUUUUUCUUCUUCUUUUUUUCUUUUUGAAUUAAUUAAGUUCUGCUUUUUGUAAUAUUCUCUAUUACCAAAACAAAAAAAAAAAAAAAAAGGAAAGAAAGAAGGCUGGUUGAGUUUGCUUGUUUGCUUGGACAACUUAUAUAUAUAUUUAUUUAUUUAUAUUAUACUUUUUUUUCUUCUUUUGGUAA